AUUUCUUUUCUAGUGACGGUGAGAAAGAGCUCUGGCUGGACUCCUGUUUCAACAUGGGUGCUGGAUCUCUCCAACCUGGUAACCUGGUUACCUGGUACUCCAACCUGGUAACCUGGUUACCUGGUUACAUGGUACUCCAACCUGGUAACCUGGUUACCUGGUACUCCAACCUGGUAAUCAUCCUGCUCGUGACUACAGGGUGUCUGGGUCAGGACAACGGGAGUGUGACUUACACCCCUAGGAGAGUCUGCUCCUUAGAGGGCUCUUCUGUGACCAUGCCCUGCUCUUACACAUUUCCCAAGGGUCACAAAGUCACAACAGCUUUCUGGUUCAAAGGUCAAGUGCCUGGUGCUGAGUCUCUGGAUCUGAAUUUGAACCCUGAGUACAAAGGCCGUGUGGAGUAUCUAGGGGACAGUAACCAACUCUGUACACUGAGAAUCACAGACCUGAGAGAGAGCGAUUCAGGAUCCUACAGCUUCCUGUUUGGGACUGACGUGAAUCCUGGGGGAUGGAUGGGAAUCCAGGAGUCAGGUUGAAUGUGACAGGGCUCCAUGUUGAUUUGACCCCUGACCUAGCUUUGGACGGCGAGUGGGCAGACCUUACCUGUGGCUCCUGCUUAUUGAGUGAAAAUCCCACCUACACCUGGUACAGGGACAAACAGCCUUUGAACUACACCAACAAGGUCAAGGUUAUGGCCAACUACCUGGAACUAGACCCGGUAGGCAGGGAAGAUGCAGGCAGCUACUCCUGUGCGGUGAGCGGCAGAGAGGAUUCCCCUGGUCCGGCAGUGAUCCUUGUCGUGGGAUACUUCCCAAAUAACACCUCAGUGUCAGUCACAGUCAGUCCCCCUGGGGAAAUAGUGGAGGGCAGAUCAGUGACUCUGACCUGCAGCAGUGAUGCCAAGCCACCAGUGGACAAAUACACCUGGUACAAGAAGAAUGAAGAGCGGACGGGGUUCUCAGAAACAGGAUCAGGGCAGAGUUACAUCAUCCUUAACAUCAGCAAUGAGGACAGUGGGCAGUACUUCUGUAAGGCUGAGAAUCAAUACGGACCACUUGACUCUGCAACUGUGCAUCUCAGUGUAACAGGUAAACCAGUGUUUCCCUGGGCUCCCGUUGUGGGGGUGGUGGCUGUGUUGGCAGCUGGAGCUCUGCUAGUCAUCCUCUAUGGCACACUGAAGAAGAGGAAAACCCCAAGAGGAAUGAACUUUAUCGGGGAGGCCCAGAUGGUACCUUGUGGUAAACUGACACACACGGCGCAGUCUGAUGACACGUACAUGACUCUGAAUAAAAGGACAAUGUCUCCUGAGUAUGACACUCUGGCUAAUGUCAGAAACACUGUUGGCUGAAGACCGUCUGGCGGAAGAAGACCCUAUGCCUGCGACCUCAACAUAAAUAGCGUUAGAAGUGAACACCAUAUAACCGUUUGAAAAUUAUUAAAAAAGGGUGCAAUUUUUAAAUGAUCAAAUUUAGAGUUGUAUAUUUGAUUUUCUAUAGGUAC